AGUAUUAACUCGAUGGCAGCCAUUUUUCAUUCAAAUAAUCGAUUGUUAGUCAGUCGUAAUUUAAUUUCUAGGGUGGUCGAAGGCAUGGAUGAAUAGAGACUUCACAUCCACACCUUCAUUACAGGUUUUAACUUGUUCAUCAAUAGCAUCGUUACAUCGGUACACCGUUGUAUCUCUAGUAUCUACUCGACAGCGCUCUACUUUUAUGAAAAAAACAAAUUUGAAAUGUGUCGAGAAAAGCAUUCUCCAAAUCAUGUUUUAUUGCUUAAGUAUACUCUACAAUAAUAUGCAGACCAUUCUAUUUAUUUUCAAACAAUUUGCGAAUAGUUUUCCUUCAACGGUAUAACACAUACAGAUCUCAUGAUUCUAGAUAAUAAAUCAUUCAUUCUAUAUAUAUACUCUAGACAUUUACAAAGAAUUUUACCAGCCGUUCCAUCAUAUUUGAUUAUUUAUAGCUGACUGACGCGGAGUAAUUGUUCUUCAGCGAGUGGACUACUACUAGCCAUAUACUCUGAUCUCCCUUGGGAAAUGUGUGUCUUGGUUGCGCGGUGACUACCUGAAAUAAUCGUGAACUGUUACACGCUGUAACAUUCAAAAAAGGAUGAAUAUGAUUUAAACAGCUUUAAAUCGCCUUCGUCCUUUUAGUUUUACUAAUAACUAUUUAUUUUUGAGUGCCAUUUCCGUUUUGUUUUAGAUGUUUGUUUCUCGAAAAGCAGAACUUAAACGUAAACGUCGACAUCAAAGUAAAAAAGCUGCUCAAGCAAUAUUGGCCGUAAAUAAUAAUCAGCCAUACGAUGAGGACGACGACGAGGAACAACAAGAAGGCAACGAAAUGUAUUUUAAUGAUUUGCAAUCAAGAGAUAUAUGCUUUGGCGAACAUUAUCGGACUCAAGCUAAACAGAGACUGAAUACGUUACCAUUAUCAAUCCGCUGUGACGGAGCACCACUAAUUAAAACAUCAAAACAAUCAUUAUGGCCAUGUUUUGUAAAUAUUGUUGAGUUGCCACUACCAGUACGUGACUAUCAACAAAAUAUUGUUGUUUGUGCGUUAUGGUCAUCAAAGAAAAAACCAAAUGUUACUGUUUUCUUGGAAGAAAUGAUCAAUGAAUUGAAAUACAUGAUGUCACAUGAAUUCAAUUUAUUUAUUGACAGUGAAAAAAUCAAAAUUGUAUUGUCAACACAAUAUUUUAUCGGAGAUCCACCUGUCAAAUCGUUGUUUUUAAACAUAUUUAUUUUAAUGGUUACAAUGCGUGUGUGUGUUGUUAUUCAAAAGAAUAAUUAUACACAACGAACACAUGAACAACAUCUCAUUUCUGCUCGUGAAGCAGAAAAAAAAUCCGCUGGACGUCGCGCGAUAAUUAUAAAUGGUGUGAAGGGAACAUCUAAAUUAUUAGAAAUAUUCAGAUAUCCACAAGAUAUAAUCUACGAUUAUAUGCAUUUAGUUUGCCUUGGUCAUGUACUACAAUUAAUAAAACGUUGGUGUAAAUUAAUAACAAAACAACAAAUUAAUGAACUAGAUAAACAAUUACAAGCAAUUCAGUUAUCGCAUAAUAUGCACCAACUGCACACAAAGCAUAUCGACGAAUACAUACUUUUUUAA